GUUCUGUAGAGGAAUGCAUGAUGCAAAUUGGCUGGCGAUUUUGAUGCACAUGCACAACUGGGGACGAGCGCAGUGCUGAGUGCAUAAGGAAACCAGGUAAAGAAGGUAGCGACGUGAUGGGUCUUUUCUCCAAACCGCAGAACCAGAGGCGCACGUUACAUGUGGUUCAAAACACCUCUUGUUGCAUGGCGGCUUCUUCCAAGCAAUUCUAUCGUUAGAGCACUGCUUCGCAAGCAGGAAGAUAAGGUUCUGAAAUCCUGGAAAAUCAUACCAAAGUCAACCAACCGAAACAAUGGCGUCUGCGUCGAGUGUGCUCGCAAUCAUCCGGGCGGCCCAUCCCGAGCUGAAGAACAAGCAUGACAAGCUAGCAUUCUCCAUCUAUGCCAUCUUUUUGGCAAACGGUUACAGGUUGGUGGGCACCGGGGCAGCGGAAGCAGAUCCCGAGGAAGGACCGCCCAAGACCCCAAAGCCCGAGGAUGACGUCAGCCUUGAGGGGUGGGACUCCCUGGGGGACUCGUACAUGCUGCGCUACGUGAAGGACGGGGACGAGCAGGCGUAUCCGGUCGUGCUCUCGAUGAUGACGGUCGGGGACAAACUCCUGGUAGACGCGACACGGGUGGGAAGCCAGGGGGAGGCCGUUCACACGCUUGAGCUCAAGGUGGAUGAUUAUGUAACCGAUGAGGAGGGCCACAAUUACGCGGCGCUGUACAAGGACCUCGACAGGCUCGUGGGGCGGGUGCAAGGUUCCAUCAUCUCAAAGCUGAGCUCGGAAGAGGCGAAAGACAAGGGCACGGCGGGCAUCCGUCCAUCCGGCGAAAUGGCGGAGGGCCCCGAAGCGUUCAUGCCCCGUCCCGGCCCCACCCCGCUGGCGGAAGGUCCCCGAGGGAGCGGCCAGGGGGGCAGCGUUCCAGGCAUUCCCGUGGGGGGGGCGUAUACCGACCCGGACCUGAUGCCAAUGGGGGGUGCGGGGAUCCCCCCACAGUAUGGCUUCCCAGCUGCGGGACGAGGCGGCAUGUUUGUAGGUCCCGACGAUCCGUUCUUCAUCGGCGCCGGCGUUCGCGGCCCCCGCGCGCCACCUGGAGGCCUGCCUCAGGGAGUCCCUCCGGGGGCUCGCUUCGACCCGUACGGCCCCCCUGUACCGGGCUUCGAACCGGGGCGCUUCGGGCAAGGAUCUGGAGGCAGAUUACACCCCGACCUUGAACAACCACCUCCAUAGGAUCCUCUACCCCGAGAGGAUCGUCGAGGCACGCUUGAGAAAUAGUAGCUAAAACAGUUGUGAAUAUGCUCUGAAAAAGCAGUGCAGUGUUAUCAUAGAUUGUAAAGUAGCUCCUUGCUUUGCGAGUGUACAGGAAGUUUGAGAAUCGUGAUACGAGAUGAUUUGAGGAGAGUCAGGCUAUAGCUAAUGGUUGGUCCACAGGUGCAACUAGGUUUCUUUGGGAAGUGACAUUCAAUGGCUAGAGAUCAGAUCGGUUGCAGAAAGCGACUUUGCCUUCAGGCGCUCGCUUUCAACGGCGACUGUGCAUGUAUACUCGCUUUCAUAUUGGUCAUGCGCAUGCUGAAGC